AUGGCCCAACAAUCAACAAUCGACACCCUUCUCAACCUUGUCCCCGACCAUCCCGACCGCGUCCUCUCCCACCUCUCCACUCGUCCCGGGGAUCUCGCUUCCCAAAAAGACGCUCAUGGCUACUCCCUCGUCCACGCAGCAGCAUCCUACAACCACCCUGACCUCCUUCGAACACUUAUGCAAACCUACAAUGUCGACAUCAACAUUCUAGAUGAAGAUGGCGAGACGGCAUUAUUCAACGCCGAAACAGUGGAUAUUGUAAAACUCCUGAUCGAGCUGGGUAUAGACGUCAACCUCCGGAACAGCGAAGGCCAAACAGCAGAAGAGAAACUGGACCACGAGGACGAACAGCCCGAGAUCGCCGCUUUCCUCCACCAACAACGCACCACAUCCAGCAGAACUACUUCCGACACCACCUCGACCCAACCAAACGGGAACGGGAACGGAAACGGAAACGGAAACGAAACUCUAGACCGACCACCGCCCCUCCCCAACGGCAUCCACAUCAACGUCGGCACCAUGGCACCAGAUGAAGCGGGGGAAGCACCGGACCCGGAGUUCCGACGCCGGAUUGAGGAACUAGCCGCACGAGAGGAUUUCCAGACGGAGGAGGGGCAGAGGGAGUUGAGGAGUUUGGUUGAGGAUGUGGUGGGUGGGAUUAGGGAAGAAGAAGGUAGUGGGCAGGGGGUGGGGACGAGGAGACGGGUCGGAUGA